GUUGGACAAUUUAUACCAUCUAGCGGAAAUAAAUCGUUCAUUUUGUCUUGGGGUAUUAGAGAAAGUCGGGAAAUAUCUUUACAAAAAGGAUAUGUAAAUAUUCAAAAAAUUGCUGAUCACUUACAUUUAUCAAGUCAACAUAUUGAAGCGGCGCAGAGAAUAUAUUUGAUGGCCUUACAAAGGAAUUUCACCAUGGGUCGUAAUAAUUCAUAUGUUGCUGCUUCAUGUUUAUAUACAAUCUGUAGAAGAGAAAAAUCGCCCAUAAUGUUAAUAGAUUUCAGUGAUAUAUUACAAACUCCUGUAAAACCUUUAGGAAAAACAUUUUUAAAAUUAUUAAGAUUACUACAUAUUAAUGUACCAAAUAUUGACCCUUCUUUAUUUUUAGAACGAUUUGCUCAUAAAUUAAACUUAAAAAAUGAUAUUUAUAAAGUUACCUAUACAGGUAUUAAAUUAAUUCAAGCCAUGACUAGAGAUUGGAUAAGUACCGGUAGAAGACCUACUGGUUUAUGUGGGGCCGCUCUUUUAAUAUCUACAAGAAUGCACGGAAUUUGUAUAAAUUCAAAUACGAUUGCUGAUAUUGUUAGGAUAUCUAAUCCUACUAUUAUCAAAAGAUUAGCUGAAUUUAAAAACACAAGUACAGCACAAAUAAAAGCUAGUGAAUUCGAUAAAAUAUCGAUUAAUGAUAUACCAUCAAAUACCAUACCACCAUGUGUUAUAUAUUAUAAUAAGAAGAAAUUUAAAGACAAUAUAUCGGAGAAAAAUAAAACAUUAUCCUUAUGUGAUGAUGUCGAUAAUCUUUCAGAAGAUAUGUCAUGUACUCUAAUAAAUAAUGAAGAAAAUAAAAUGGACAGUGAUAUUUUGAAUGAUAAUUUUUCUCCUUCUAAGAAUGAAGAAAACAAAACUACGUUAUUAAGUAGUACACAUUCAAAUAUUGAUAAUAAUGAUCUUAUUUUUAAUAAAAAUCAUUCUGAUCAUUUGUUUAACUCAGAUUAUUCGAUACAUGUUGAUGAAAUAUGUAAUGAAAACCCUAAAGGAAAUGAUAUACAUAAUCUUGCUCAAAAAAUUAUGAAUACAAUAAAUUUAGAUAUAAAUAGUAAUAUAUUAAAAAAUGUUGAUACAAAAAUAAAUCUACAUAAUAAUCUAAUGGAUACGUUUUCUGUAAAUACAGAUGUGUCCACAAAUACACAAAAAAAGGGAAGUGAUAUAUCACAUAACCAAGCAUAUAUGUGUGAAAAAAAUUGUUUGGAUAAUACAAAUAAUUUUUCAAAUGAAAAAAAAAAAAAAAUUCAUAAUAAUGAUAAUAAUAAUAAUGAUGAUAAUAAUAAUAAUUAUGAUAAUAAUAAUAAUGAUGAUAAUAAUAAUAAUGAUGAUAAUAAUAAUAAUGAUGAUAAUAAUAAUAAUGAUGAUAAUAAUAAUAAUAAUGAUAAUAAUAAUAAUAAUGAUAAUAAUAAAGCAGCAUAUGAUAAUCAAUCAUCCAUUUCAAAUAAUGUGUCUUCAAAUAAUGUGUCUUCAAAUAAUAUAUCUUCAAAUAAUGUGUCUUCAAAUAAUAUAUCAAAUGAGUCGAACGAUAAUACAUAUAGUUCAACAUUAAAAGAAAGAGUCACAUGCGAAAUAAAUAAUAUUCUUAAUGGUAUGGAUGAAACAUACAAUAAUUUCUUGAAGGAUCCAUCCGAUUUUCAAAAGGAACAAAAAAAAACUGAUAAUAAUAAUUUAUCCAAUGAUUUAAAUGGUAUGAAUAAUAUUAAUAAUAUACUUACAGACUUUAAUUAUUUCUUCGAUAAUAAUUGUAAUAAUGUAAAUGAUCAAAAUGAAGCUUUAGAUUUACAUUCAGAUUGUUCCAGUACACCAAGUUGUAAUUCAUUAAGUGAUGUAUAUGAUAGUGAAAUUGAAAAUAUUAUAUUAUCCGAAAAAGAAAGAGAAAUGAAGAUGCUCAUAUGGGAUGAUAUGAUGAAAAAUCAUUUGCCCCAUUUAUCCAAACAACUUAAAAAACAUAAAAAGAGAAAUCAUAAUGAUAAUAAUAAAAAUAAAGAUACAAAUAUUAAAAAGAAACAAAAUACUUUCGAAGAUUAUUCACAAGUGCAAUCUACAGGGGAAUCGGUUUUAAAAGCUUUGGAAAAAUCAGACAAAAAUUUACCAAAUAAAAUUAAUUAUGAUGUAUUACAAUCUCUUUUUACAUCAUAG